AUGAAUCUUAAACCAAAGGCGGAACCCGCAAGGAGACCGCACGAGAAAGAGGAUGAGGAUUCUGAUUGUGGUGAAUGGUGGCCUGGGAAGGAUUCAAAGACUGUUCCCAAGCAAGAUUCGAGAGACUGUUCUACGAAUUCGUCACCCUCACGCAAAAGCAAACUCCAUAAGGGAAAUGGACGGCUACAACAUGUUCUGUCAUCGCGAUACAACUAUUAUCACCAUGCCUUCUCUGCCCUAGCUAUUACCAAACCCAAACCAACGACUAUGGGUGUUCCAGUUCCGUCGCGCAUGUCACUCGAUGAAAGGAGCCUGCAACUGCUACAAUCUGCAGAGCGGUUACCACCUGUCACGAAAGGCACUCUCAGCGAGUUAGAUCUGGAUCAUAUUCUGAGAAAUAUUAAUCUGCGGGUUGACGUGAAUUUCGAUCGCGACUUACACUUUCGCCCCGUGGACGGAAAGAAAGGUCAGGAAAAGCGUCGGUUAGCGGAAGGGUACUGGGAGGCUGUCGCCCUCGAAAUAUCCAUUUACACAUACAUGGGGUCUCCCGAGGGUCGCAAGGAUAACGAUAACUCACGAACGAAUGAGCCACAGGCUUACUUCGAGCCGAGACUGCCUGGCAUGCUGGAGACUUUAAAGGAUGUGCUCUGGACGCUUGUACCGGAACGAGAUCAUAUGGGGAUAGCUGAAAACCUGGACAUCCCUUUCAUCAUGCAGCAGGUUGAGAAAGGUGUGUUGGAUAUUACUGGCCUGUUUCUUUGGCUUGCAGAGCUGUUGAAAUCACAUUGUGCCCCAAUGAGAGACCAGUGGGCGGAUCAAAUGGUAAACGAAAUUCAAGGUGGGUUUGCAUCGAUGGACAUGGCGAAAGCGGUGCAAGGGAUAAAGACCUUAUUCUGCAUAUUGGAAGCUAUGAAACUGGAUGUGGCCAAUCAUCAGAUACGCGCCUUUCGGCUGAUCCUAAUCGAGGACACGGUUCGAUUUCUACAAAUAUACUUUUUGCGACGACUCUUACAAGAUUCGAUACACGGUGAGAGCGCCAGAAAAUGGUUUCAUGCUGUUUACAUGUACGAACAAGUCUACCACCAGACACCACCUCCAGAAUGGGCCGAAUUCGACAAUGUCACAACACUUCUUCGAGGCCUAUCUCAUUUCCUACUAUGUUUCAAUAGCCCAUCAGCAUUUCCUGAGACUUUCGAAUUUGACACUGGUCGACUUUGGGGCCUGAGAUAUGAUGUGCAGGAUUUGAUUGCCUUCGAGAUAUGCAUCCACGUCUUCGAUGUUGUUGCUACUAGCCACAUUCGCCAUAUUCCGCGAAAUCGGGAAGUCUAUCUAAAACUGGAGUCGCAUAUAUGGUCAAUUGUGGAUUGCGCUGACAAUCGAGACCCCGACACAAUUGACGACCAACGAUGGCGAAAUAAUAUCGAUUCCAUUGCCCUAGAAAUUGCUCGCACCAUCUCAGACCUAGAAGCCGAAAGUAAGGGAGCUACUUCCUCUUUGCCAGAUGAACACGUUCUACUUCUUGCCGGAAAGAUGCUCGAGUCAUGUUUUGCCUCACAUUCACGACAAUACAAACACUUUCAGUGCGUUAUCCAGGAGAGAUUGGAAGAGGAAGUACUUGUCACUGCUAGACGCUACAUGGAUAUGUCCUCACUAGACAUGUGCGAAGACCAGCCAUGUACAAGAUCAGACGGCAGAUCAGAAGAUCGACUAAGGGAUAUUGAAAAUAUUGCAAAGCGGCUUUGUCACAUUGGUGUGCUACAUUGGAGGGUGUGGGGCCCGAUUUUAUACACUCGAGAUCCAUAUCAACCGGUAUAUUAUGAGGGGAAGAGAUUGAGCUAUGAUGCUCAGCAACGCCUGCUUUUGCAUCAGCUGGAAAAUGGUGGAAGCUAA